AUGCACCGGCGGCGGCCAACGCCCGCCUGUCCUCGAUUCUGAAUAUCACGCGCACGUCCAUGAUGAACGCGGGUGAGCGAAUGCGUAGCGCCUCUGUGGCUGCCGGUGGUCUUCCAGCGCUUCCAGCCAACCUGCCUGCUCUUCCUGGGAACCUACCUACGCUUUCGAGCGUCAAGGCUAGGGUAUCCUCCAUGGCAACCAUCAAGAUGACCCCGAGGCCCAAAUACCACAAGGACGAGCGCGUGCUGACCACGUUCGGCUCCGGAUUCGUGGUGGAAAGCCGUCCGCAAGACAAGAUUUACCAGGUCUAUCUGCGCCGCCUCAAGUUCUCAGGCUACUUCCACGAGUCGAGCUUGUCACCGUUCCCGUACGAGCGGGUUACGCACUUCGUGGUGGACGGCCGCACGGUUCUCGCGCCGCCGAUUCCCAAGAACGCUAGCGAGUACAAGCGCCGUGCUGUGAUCACCGCAGCAAUCAAGUCCGCGCGGGAAGGCAAGUAUCUCGAGCCGACUGUGACCGUCAAGCCGGAGGAGCCCAAGAAAGAGGAACCUGAGGCAACCAUCGACGCCACGGCUGCUGUCGAAGCUGCUGUUGCUGUGGACGCUGCCGCCGCCACCGCUGCGUCUGUCCUCGUACCGGUGCCGGUCGCGGAAUAAUGCCCCGACAGAGCAACAGAAAAAUUAUCAGCCAAGUGAUGUGGAAUGGUUCCACCC